UUUUAAUAAUUGAUUUGUUUAUUAUUUGGUGAUAAUUAUUGAUAUAAAUCGCCAAAAAUGAUGAAUAAAAUGAUAUCAAAAGUGUUUGUCCGCAAUGUCUCGACCCUCAGUCCAUUGGCCGCAGCAUUCAAUCGGCAAAAUCCAAAGCCGCAGUUAUUGACCCGAUUUUUUGAACAGAAAACAGGUUUAUUUGGUCACCAACUAUUGGCCGACGCUUCGGGUUUUUAUUUGUAUCGUGAAAAAGCAAUUAUAGAAGUGGAUCAACUCGUUAAAGAAGCGCUAAGUCCUGACAGACGAAGAAAAAUGGUUGAAAUCUUUGACCAAAUGUCAAACAAUUUAUGUCGAGUUGCAGAUCUGGCAGAAUUUGUUCGCGUCGGACAUCCGUCACAACGAUUCGGUCACUCGGCUGAAGAGGCGUCCAUUGCUAUCACCACUGAAGUCGAAAAACUCAAUACUAAUAAAGCUUUAUAUGAAAUGUUAAGAAAAGUGGUUAACACUGGAGACAAAUUUGCGACCACAGAGUUGGACGAGUAUGUGAUGAAACUGUUUCUCUUUGACUUUGAACAAAGCGGUAUUCAUUUAAGUGAAGACAAACGCAAACUUGUUUUGAGACUAAAUCAACACAUUCUUCACGUCGGCUCAUACUUCAUGAGCAGUACAUCUCAGCCCAGAAGUGUCCCAAAGUCUAAACUUCCUGAAGAAGUUCGCGAUUGCUUUCAAACACAGGGCGACAACAUUGUUGUCACCGGUCUUUACAAUGAAUCAGAUAAUGAAUUAGUCAGAGAAGCCGCUUAUCGCGUAUAUCUUUAUCCUGAAGAACAUCAGGAGAAGCUCUUAAUGGAACUAUUGAUGUCUCGACUAAAAUUGGCUCAAAUUUGCGGAUUCAAGUCAUACUCGCAAAGAGCUAUCAACGGAAGUAUAGCACAAACGCCCGAAACAGUUUGGCUACUUAUUGACUCAAUCACUGAUCGGUUGAGACCAUUGGCAGAGAAAGACUUUCAAACGAUGUUAAGCCUUAAGAAUAUAAGCAACAAAUACGCCAAAAGUGUUAAGUUAUGGGAUGUCCCGUACUUUACCUAUCAAUACAAACAAAAGAAAUUUAGUCAAAAUAUUAAUCAAUGUUUUCCAUACUUUUCAUUGGGCUGUUGUAUGGAUGGACUGAAUCUUAUUUUUGGUUCAAUAUUUAGUGUUAAGCUUGAAAUUUGUGAACAAAUUCCGGGUGAGAACUGGUACUCGAAUGUCAUAAAAUUGGCUGUUAUUGACACACAAACUAAUGAAACUUUAGGUCAUAUUUAUUGCGAUUUUUAUGAAAGGAGUGCUAAACCUCAUAAUGACUGUCACUUUACUAUUCAAGGCGGGUGUCGAUUGUCAGACGGUUCAUAUCAAUUACCUAUUGUAGUGCUUUCCCUGAAUCUACCGAAUCCAACACCUGCUACACCAUCACUUUUAACCCCUCAUAUGGUGGACAACUUGUUUCACGAAAUGGGUCACGCGAUGCACUCAAUGAUGGCCCGAACACCCUAUCAACACAUUACGGGUACGCGAUGUUCAACUGAUUUGGCUGAAGUACCGUCCAUUUUAAUGGAGUAUUUUGCGUCCGAUCGUCGCGUUAUUAAAGCGUUUGCCCGACACUAUCAAACUGGACAACCAGUUCCCGACUCUUUACUUGAUAUAUGGCUUGACUCGAAGCGUAUCUUCACUGCCAGUGAAUUGCAAUGUCAAGUAUUUUAUGCAGCAUUGGAUCAGUCAUAUCACAGUUCAGAUCCAUUAAGAGGUCAUAAGAAUACUACUGAAGUAUUGGCACAAAUUCAGAACCAUUACUAUAGUUUACCGCAUGUGACCAACACUUCAUGGCAGUUGAGAUUCGCUCAUUUGGUGGGUUAUGGCGCUAAAUAUUACUCAUAUUUAGUUUCCAAAUCGGUUGCCGCAAGCAUUUGGCAAAAGCUUUUCCUAAAAGACCCGUUAUCUUCAAGUGCCGGACAGCUAUUUAAAGAUCAAGUUCUAAGUCAUGGCGGAGGAAAUCCACCCAAACUUAUAGUUGAAAACAUUUUACAACAAACUAUUUCAGCCAAAGGUCUCGCAGAUUCACUCAUUGAUAAUGUCUUCAAUUCAUACGAAGACAUUACUAAUUCAAAUAAUUAGUUAAUUAUUAACUAAAUUAUAAUAUAAUGACUUUUAUAUAGA